UGCCGUUCGCCUCAGCUCCAAUCCCCCAUCAACCAUUUUGCACGCUCGCCUGCCAUGAAGCUCGACGCGACAGACUUGAGAUAUGUGACCACAGAGGAGUUCAGAGUGCUGACGGCAGUCGAGAUGGGCUCGAAGAAUCACGAAGUCGUGCCAACGAACCUCAUCGCACAGAUCUCCGGCUUGAGGAGCGGAGGGACAAACAAAUGCAUAGGAUCUCUUGCGAAACGUAACCUCGUGUCGAAGGUGCAAAACGCGAAGUACGACGGUUACCGCUUGACCUACGGUGGCUACGACUAUCUCGCUAUGCGCGCGCUCUCCAAGAGGGACUCUAUGCACUCCGUGGGGAACCAAAUCGGUGUAGGCAAGGAAUCAGACAUCUACGUGGUCGCCGACCAGGAUGGAAAUGAGAUGGUUCUCAAGCUACACCGGCUAGGUCGCAUAUCCUUUCGCGCCAUAAAGACCAAGCGAGACUACAUGGGCAAGAGGAAGUCUGCGUCAUGGAUGUAUAUGUCUCGUCUUGCUGCCCAGAAGGAAUGGGCUUUCAUGAAGGUCCUCCAUGAGCACGACUUCCCAGUACCCAAGCCCAUCGACCAAGCGAGACAUUGCAUCCUGAUGGAGAAAAUUGACGCCUACCCAUUACGACAGGUUUCCGAAGUACCGAACCCAGGAAAGCUAUACUCGACUCUCAUGGACCUCAUCGUGCGCUUCGCUCAAGCAGGCCUGAUCCACGGUGACUUUAACGAGUUCAACAUUCUCAUACGGAAGGAAUCUGGCGAGCCCAUCGUGAUCGAUUUCCCCCAAAUGGUCAGCACAGCGCACGAGAACGCUGAAUACUACUUCAAUCGCGACGUGGAGUGUAUAAGGACCUUCUUCCGUCGCCGUUUCCGAUAUGAGAGUGCCCUGUACCCUCGCUUCAAGACUACAGUGGCGAAGGAUGGAGAAGGUCCAGGCUUCCAGCUUGACGUUGAGGUUGCGGCUAGUGGCUUCGGUCGGAGAGAGAUGAAAGUGCUUGAGGAGUACAUGAACGAGGUCCAGGGAGUAGAAGGUCCCGACGAUGAUGACGAGGAUAUGGGCAGUGAAGAAGAGGGUGAAUCGAGCGAGGAAGAAGCAGAGGAGGAGACCGCAGAUGAGGAGCAACACGAUGAUGAUUCGUUGCCCGCCGAGGACGACUCAAAACCAACAUCACCCGAAUCCAUCGCCUCGUCAAGCAUGCCCGUCGACAUCGAUGUCGAACGGCGAGAGCGCGGGCGAGAAGUACGCUCGUCAGAGCUGUCGCCGACGUCGCCUCAGUCGCCCGUUCCCCGCAACCUGUCACGAUCUCCGCCGCGCUCUCGUUCCCUGUCGCCGGACGCUAUCGACAAGAUGACCGCGCGCAUGGAGCAGAUGGACGUGAAGGACAUCGCCGCAGCGGAGGUCAAGCGACAGAGGGAGCGGCAGCAUCGCAAGUAUCACUCGAAGCCGAGUACGAGGAGGGCGGGGCGGCCGAAGGGGAGCAAGGCAAAGCAGGAUACGCGGGUAAAGAUGGAUUACGGGGGUGGUUGGGAUUGAGCUUAUGUGGCGCCCGUAAUCCGUCGUCCGUUGCUUGUGUGUAUCGCUCCAUUGUUGUAUCCCUACAUCUCCUUGUUCUCGCUGUAUAUUACCUGCGCCGUUAGAUGCACUUUUGUGGAGGAAACGCGACUGCAGACGACCGGCAGUAUGUCCAAG